ACUCAUGGACAGGAUUCAAUUAGGGGAGAGCUGUGUAACAGAGCUAGCAUCACAGCCAGGAAGUAAAAAGCCUUUUGAAGAUUUCCUCCCCUCACAUUUAAACUACUUGCAGUUUGCAUACUACAACACUAAUAAUUACACAAAAGCAAUUGAAUGUGCAAAAUCCUACUUGCUAUUCUUCCCUAAUGAUGAGGUUAUGAAUCAGAAUUUGGCUUACUAUGCUGCUGUUCUUGGCGAGGAAGAAGCAAAGUUGAUAAAUGCAAAAGAGAAUAUUAAUAGUUAUAUUCAGCGCAGUCUGCUCGAGAAAGAACUGCUUUACUUUGCAUAUGACACCUUUGGAAUUCCUUUUGUCGACCCAGAUAGCUGGACUCCAUAAAAUGUUGUGCCGAAAAGACUCAGAGAAAAACAAAAGAUGGAGAAGGAGACAGCAGCAAGAAUUACUGAAGAGAUUGGAAACCUGAUGAAAGAAAUUGAAACUCUUGUUGAAGAGAAGAAUAAAGAAACAUUAGAUUUAACAAGGACAAUACGAGAAGGUGAGGCUGCCUUCAGUGCAGCCGCUUCAGCUGGUGAUGGGUACCGUGGCACAACCUCCCCUCAUACUCCAAAUGAAAAGUUUCAUGGCGUUACUGUGUACAAAGCACUUAAGCUGGGGCAAGAGGGAAAGGUCCCUUUAAGCAGCGCACUCUUAUACUAUAAUGUUACCGAUAAAGUAAGAAGAGUGGUAGAGUCAUACUUUCGACUGGACAGCCCACUCUACUUCUCAUACUCCCACCUCGUCUGCCGAACUGCUGUUGAAGAGAAACAGGAGGGAAGAAAGGAUUUAAGUCAUCCUGUGCAUGUUGACAAUUGCAUUCUAAAUGCAGAAGCAAAUAUGUGUAUAAAGGAACAUCCAGCUUAUACUUUCCGUGAUUACAGCGCCAUACUAUAUCUAAAUGGGGAUUUUGAAGGAGGAAAUUUUAUUUUUACAGAACUUGAUGCAAAGACAAUAACUGCUGAAGUGAGACCACAGUGCGGGCGAAUGGUGGGAUUCUCAUCUGGAGAAGAAAAUCCUCACGGAGUAAAUGCCGUCACUAAAGGCCAGCGGUGCGCUGUUGCCUUAUGGUUCACUCUAGAUCCCCGUCAUAACGAGAGGGAAAGAGUUCAAGCUGAUGACUUGAUAAAAAUGCUCCUUAGUCCAGAGGCAGAUCUGUCCCAGGAGGAGGCACAACAAACAGCAGAACCACUUUCUCUAGGGGAAGCCAAUCUGAGACAGUCUGGCUCAGAAUCACCAUCAGAUACUACAGAUUCAGUUGCUGCAGAAAGCACAGACUCUUCUAUAGAACACGUGCGCGGACCACCUGUGGACUCCAAACCCAAGACAGAAUUAUAACAUUAAUGUGGGACUUUUGGUUGUGCCUCGGAGACUGCUCUGAACCAGGGAGAUAACAUUUCCAAAAAAAGUUUAAUGAAAAACCAAAGCAUAACGUUAAUGUUUUUCAUUUUGUUUUUAAUCAUUCCUGGAAGAAAAGCACAACGGCAGAGAUGACUCAUGAGUCAUGAAUGUUGCAUGUACAAAUUUAUAAAGAGUUUUCAAUUCCAAGAGGCAGUUCGUGCUAGAACCUAACAGUGUGCAUUCUGGCUUGCAACUUGCAUCUUUUUCUUUUUUUACAGGAGGAAGUUUUUCUGUUUUUAAACCAGGCCCUGCAGUCCCAUGCAAUAAGUGGAUACCAAGGGGAAAUAUCUAGUUUGCUUGUUGUUUCCACUUGUUUACAAGAAUGGGUGACAGUUAUGAUGGAAUACCUAAUUUUUUGCCUUGAUCCUUUCAUGGAAAAUAGAUACUGAACUUUUAAUAUCGAACAUUAGAAAAAAUGACCAAUUGGGCUCAAAAUAUUUUUAAAUGAAUUUUGAAGGCAGAAUUUCUUUGUGUCCUGAUGUUUUUGUUGCAGAGAUAUUCAGUCAACUGUAGUUUCAGUGAACAGUGUAAUAAUCUAGGACCUACACUGGUUGUGUAUUUAUUUGGAGCCGGUCUUGCAGAAUAGCCUGUGUUUGCAAAACAACCAAGUGUGAGUUUUUCAUGUUACACUGUUCCACAUGGUUUGUAUGUUUAUGUGGUUGCGGAAUGAUUGAGAGAAAUUGGUCAAUGUGCUAUUUUAUGACUUGAAACUGUGGCUCAUAUAAAUAAAAACUGGCAAUGUUUGGG